ACCAUUACUGCCAACAUCAACAUUACUGACAUCACUACUUGUCAUGUACUGCUAUCAUUGUGCCCAGUCCCAUGCUGUUGCACUGUCAGGUAUCCUUCCUGGGUUUUGAUCUCUAACUCUAUAAAUAGGGUUCAUGUCAGGGGCGGACUGACAACUCAUGGGGCCCCCGGGCACAUUUGGAAACCCCGGCACAGUAGGGGGCCCCAUGAGAUGCCCCUGGUACCUUUUUCAUAGGCUUUUUUGAGUUUGGACAAGGACACAGGGGCCCCAUGA